AUGGAGGCGCCGCGCGACAUCGGCACCUUCGUGGUGUGGGACUAUGUGGUGUUCGCCGCGAUGCUGCUCAUCUCGGCCGCCAUCGGCAUCUACUACGCCGUCUCCGGGGGCCUCCAGCAGAACUCCAAGGAAUUCCUGAUGGGCGGCCGCCGGAUGACCGCCGUGCCAGUGGCGCUGUCCCUCACCGCCAGCUUCAUGUCGGCCGUCACCGUGCUGGGCACCCCCUCCGAGAUCUAUCGUUUUGGGGCCAUCUUCUGCAUGUUUGCCAUCACCUACUUCUUCGUGGUCCUCAUCAGCGCGGAGGUCUUCCUCCCGGUGUUCUACAGACUGGGCAUCACCAGCACCUACGAGUAUUUAGAGCUUCGAUUCAACAAAUAUGUUCGUCUCUGUGGAACAGCCCUCUUUAUUGUUCAAACGAUCCUGUAUACUGGAAUUGUUAUUUAUGCCCCUGCUCUGGCUCUGAAUCAAGUCACAGGAUUUGAUCUGUGGGGUGCAGUUGUCGCAACGGGGGUGGUCUGCACGUUCUACUGCACGUUGGGUGGUCUUAAAGCUGUUAUCUGGACGGACGUUUUCCAAGUUGGGAUCAUGGUGGCUGGAUUUGCAUCUGUGAUUAUACAGGCUGCAGUGGUGCAGGGUGGAAUCAGACGGAUUCUAGAUGAUGCUUAUAAUGGUGGAAGAUUAAACUUCUGGAAUUUUGAUCCUAAUCCUUUGCAAAGACACACAUUCUGGACAAUUGUUAUAGGAGGGACCUUCACUUGGACCAGCAUCUAUGGGGUGAACCAGUCCCAAGUGCAGCGAUAUAUUUCCUGUAAAAGCCGAUUUCAGGCAAAACUGUCUCUCUAUGUCAAUCUCAUAGGACUCUGGGGAAUCCUUGUCUGUUCAGUGCUUUGUGGACUUGCCCUGUAUUCCAGGUACCAUGACUGUGAUCCUUGGACAUCCAACAAAGUAUCUGCACCAGAUCAGCUCAUGCCUUAUUUAGUACUGGACAUUCUGCAAGAUUAUCCGGGACUUCCUGGCCUCUUUGUGGCCUGUGCUUACAGUGGCACAUUGAGCACAGUGUCCUCCAGUAUUAAUGCCUUAGCAGCUGUAACUGUGGAAGACCUGGUCAAGCCAUACUUCAAAACGCUCUCAGAAAGGGGUCUCUCUUGGACUUCCCAAGGGCUGAGUGUGCUGUUUGGAGCCCUGUGUAUAGGAAUGGCUGCUCUGGCAUCUCUAAUGGGAGCUUUAUUGCAGGCAGCACUCAGCAUAUUUGGUAUGGUUGGCGGACCACUGAUGGGCUUGUUUUCUCUAGGCAUUUUGGUUCCCUUUGCCAACUCAACCGGAGCACUUGUUGGUCUGGCAGCUGGAUUUGCUGUUUCUUUGUGGGUUGGAAUUGGAGCUCAACUUUACCCUCCACUUCCAGAGAGAACUAUGCCACUAAAGCUUGAAACCUAUGGCUGUAAUAUCACAAGCAAUGGGACGAAUUGGAUGCCAACCACAGAAAUGCCAUUUUCUACGAGUGCUUUUCAAAUACCUGAUGCUGAAAGGACUCCGCUGAUGGAUAACUGGUACUCUCUAUCCUAUCUGUACUUCAGCACUCUUGGAACUUUGGUAACUGUAUUUGUGGGAAUUCUUGUCAGUUUACCAACAGGAGGAAGAAAGCAAAACCUAGACAGAAAAUUUCUGCUAACUAAAGAAGACUUUUUAUCAAACUUUGACUUCUUUACAAAUAAGAAGCAUGAUUUAAGCUAUAAGUCUCACCCGGUAGAAGAUGGUGGAACUGAUAAUCCUGCCUUCAACCACAUUGAGUUGAACUUUCCAGAACAAAGUGGAAAGGUCAAUGGGACUCGUUUGUGAAGCAGUUAUGAUCUUAGGUGGUCUUGCAAAUUCAGGUUUUAUAUAUUUUCUAAGAUAAUUCAGGCACAUUAAUAUAUAUUUUUCUUUGUUACCUGUCAUGAAUGUUUGUGGGGGGGAGUACUUUGUAGGGAUAAAUUUUUGUUAGAGCAAUGUCCUGACUUUCUUCAAAGACUGUACUUAUUCAUUGAUGCUGCUUUGGAGUUAUGAAUUUCAGCAUUAGCAUUUAGCUCUAUUUUUCUUUGAUUCCCAUGGAGUGAACAUUGUGAAAAAAAAUUAUGCAAGUUAUAACUACAUAUAGGCCAAAAAGAUUGAUACACAAAUCCACACACACCUGAUCAAAGGCCUCCUCUUAAAUUUGGGCAUUGUUCAAAAUAAUUUUCACGCAUUGGUGCUAGUGUAUAAAUUUUAGGGUUGGCCAAAAUUGAAAUUAAUACUGAAGAGGGCUUUAUUUCCCACUGCUAAACUCUCUAUUUGGAGAGCAAUCAAGUCAUAGGAUUCUCACAUCUUUGCUUCCCAUUGGUUGAUACCAGUCCAAGACACGUGUUAGUACAGGAACUGUUUCCAGUAAUCAAGAAUCAUCCUCUGUGGGGCAGAAUUGGGCCCAGUGAUCAAGGUUGUCUUCUUGGCACUUACUCUCAAAGGUUUUAUCUUGUUAUCUGGACUUAGUCCCUUGCUACUUAUGCUUCUGCCUUUCUUGGACUCUGGUUCUUCGUGCAUUUCUAGUUUUUUUAACUCCUCAAGUUUGGCUUUGUUUUGUACUUUAUCUUUCCUUGUCUUCCUAACUUCCUGUUUACUCCAUUUCUUUGAUUUUAGACAUGUUUUGACAUACUUCUUCAGAUCAUACCAUCCCAGAUCCUGAUUAUUUAAAUCCUAGCCUAUAAAAUUAAAAACUCUUGUGAGCCCGAUACUGAUUUAAGUAUUUUUAACAUAGGCAAUUAAGAAUUUGGUGGUUUAAGAAUACUUGUAAUUAUUAAAAAUUGGCAUCAUGGGGUUAUUAAGUUGAUUUUCUAAAUAUCAGAUCAUUUGCAAUCUGUUAAAUUUAAAGGCACGGUUGCUUAAAAUAGUUCAUCUUGCAAAAGCUUACAUAGGCAAGCAUUGCUUUUCUUCAAUGUACUGGGAUUACUAAGUUAUGCUUUGUUCCAAGCUUUCAAAUUCCAGAAAUAAUAUUCACAAACCCGUCUCAAAGUUUAUUUUUUGCUACAGUUCUAGCUCAGUGUUUGUUAUAAGCUUGCAUCAAUAAUUUAUUAUUUUCUAAAGUAGCCAUGUUAGGUACUACUUAUAAAGUGUAUAGCUUUAGAAAGUUUUAAAAUAAUGUUUAGGCAUAUUAAAUAUUUAUGAUGUUUUUUGAUUAUUUUCUGAUGUUAACAUGCUCUGAACAUUUAUAGACUGCCAAUUGAAAACACAGAGGAUUUUUUUUAAAGGAUAUGACAUAUAUGUAAAGCAAAAAGAUUUAUAUAUUUAAAUUGAUAACAAUAUAUUUUAUAUGUGUAUAGAUGUUAUUUUUUAAAUCAACAUAUUUUAAGCAUACAUCAAAAUUUAUGAAUUGUUCUAUAAUAUUUUAAAGAGUAGCAAGAGAAAUAUUAUUUUAUAUGAGUGUAAUUUGAACUAUUAUUUAUGUAAUAAUUGAAAAUUCGCAUGUAUAUGCUAUAAUUCAAUUUUGGAAAUUAAAAUCAAGUAUUUUAAAAAUAAAAUCAAGUUAUUUAAAUAAUGUUUUCUCCUAUCUCUCAAGGGACAAUGUAAUCUACUUUUAACAAGAGAUAUAAUAUAUUCUUUUCCUCCUUUAUCCCUUUGUGGCAUUAGAAAUUAUCUAUAGUUAUAUAUUGGAUAUUUUACAAAUAUGAGUAUUAGAAUUCUUAAGAAAUCAAAUAAUAUUACUAUUAAAAUUAUUAUUUUAAUCAUAUAACUUUGAAUAAAGCCAAGUAUAAAUGUUAAUAUGUUGUAAAACAUUAAAUAUUUAAUAUUCUAAAGUACUUUUGAAUCCCAGUAAUCUUAAUGGGAGGAAAAAACCAUACAAGUUGCUCACUUUGAUUUUGCCAUUGAAAAAUUGCAUGAACUUGAAUUUAUCCUUGAAUUGAAGCCUCACUACUAUUUGUAAUAUUUUCAUACAGAAUAAUAACCAUUAUUUAUGGUCAUAUUUAUGGUAUUUAUGAUCAUACACAUAAAUAUAGGCAGAGUUUUGAAAAUACUAAGGUCUUGUGAAUAAUUACAUAAACCACUCUUAAGAACAAUUAGCUUCUCAAUCUGACAUUCAGCAUUACCAUACGUUAAAAUGAAGUAAAUUGUAUAUAUGUGACUAUAGAGGCUUCAUAAUUUUGUUUUAAUUAUGAGAAGCCCAUAAGGUAUAGCUUCUUUUUGACAAUGGAGUGGCUGUACAUGAUACACAUAUGUGGACCAGAGAUGAGUUGAAAUGGGGCAAAUAUAUCAACACUACAUUGAUUCUUAUAGAAAAUUCUAAGGGUUUUAUUUAUUUUUAUUAUUUUAAAAAAUUUGAGGCCAUUCCUGGCAGUGCUCAGGACUUACUCCUGGCUUCAUGCUCAGUGAUCACAGUUGGCCUCAGGGGACCAUAUGAAGUGCUUAGGAUCCAACAUGGGUUGGACCAUGUGCAAGGCACUUGCCUCACCCGGUGUACUCUAGCCCCUAGAAAUUCUGGUUUUUCAACCACUCUAUUGAUAGAAUCAACUGAGUGUUUAACCAGUUAGUGUCUGAAAAUUCACCAUAUAAUUUUGCUACCGAAGUUUUUUUACUUCCAUAUUUGUGUGUUAUUGUUUGUGGACAAAGCUUGAGGACUUUUAUGAUG